GCCGUGGACGUCGACCGUCUCCGAUUGACGUACGGGUACGGAAGUCAGGCCCUAGACGUGCUCAGAGGCAUCGACCUCACGGUGCCUGAAGGCCAAAUAUAUGGACUUCUCGGUCCCAGCGGUUGUGGGAAAACCACUCUGCUCAAAUGCAUCGUGGGCCGUUUGAAACCUCAAGGAGGAAUGGUCCGAGUCUUCGAUCAGAUUCCUGGUUCGCCGGGAUCGUGUAUUCCAGGACCGGGAGUCGGCUACAUGCCACAGGAACCCGCGCUGUAUCAGGAGAAGACCAUAUACGGCAACCUACAUCACUUCGGGCAACUCUAUGGAAUGCCUGAAGAACUUAUCCAAGAGCGCAUCCGCUUCCUCUUGGAUUUUCUCGACCUCCCGAGGCCUUACAAAAAGGUGGGAAAGCUCUCUGGCGGUCAACAGAGACGAGUGUCUCUCGCCGUUGCUUUGAUUCAUGAACCUCCUCUCCUGAUUCUCGAUGAACCCACGGUCGGGGUCGACCCGCUCCUACGACUGGCGAUCUGGAACUAUCUCGUGACCUUGACACGCGAGAAAGGUAUGACGGUCAUCGUGACCACUCACUACGUCGAGGAAGCUCGACAGGCACACAUGGUGGGUCUCAUGAGGUCGGGUCGAAUGCUGGCCCAGGACUCACCCGACCGACUCAUGGAGGAUUUCUGUUGUGGAAGUCUCGAAGACGUCUUCCUGCAGCUCUGCAUUGCAGCUGAUGAGGAGAGACUUUCGCUCGCUCAGCAGAAGAAUCUCGAGGUGGUCGGUCUCAAAAUCGAGGAUAAGGACCUCAGCGCCAAAGAGCUCGAGGGAGAGACGCCUUCGCUAUGCGUGCUUCCGGCACACGUCGCGCGACAUAUUCCGUCGGGAGGAGCACAAAUCGAUCCUGACUCGAGGCGUCGCGACACGUUCUGGGAGACUUCAACCCGACAGCGCAUACCCGCUUUAGUGAAGAAAAAUUUAACUCGGCUGAAGAGCAACUACCCUUUCCUCUUGUUCACUUUCCUUUCUAUGUGCCUCAUUGCUUACGUUAUCGAAUAUUUUCAGACAUUCUGUGAGGAGCUCCUCCGAGAUAUGAACAAGAACGUUGCUCUGGCUCAGCUUCCGGUCCGGGUCAAAGAUCCCGUCUACGGCAAUGGGAAACCAAGUUUCACCGAAUUCAUGGCACCCGGAAUCAUUCUCUCGAUUACCUAUAUCAUGGCCGUAGCUCUAACGUCCAUUUCGAUCAUCAUGGAGAGCCGCGAAGGUACCAUGGAACGUUGCUGGGUGGCCGGCGUGAAACCCUUUGAAGUCAUUGGGUCUCACGUCAUAUCCCAAUUCUGCGUCAUGUGCGUCCAGGUGGCAUCGCUGCUCUUCUUCAUUUUCGCAAUAUUCGGGAUUCCACUCGAGGGCUCAUUCAUCACCGUCGUCUUCCUGACUUUCACUCAAGGCCUAACUGGAAUGACGUAUGGGCUUGUCAUCUCGUCUAUCUGCAGCGAAGAGCAAUCUGCGAUGAUGUUGUCGCUCGGUUCCUUCUACCCGAAUCUGCUCUUGAGCGGAAUAAUCUGGCCAGUACAAGCGAUGCCAAGCGUCGUCCGCUACGUCGCCUACGGACUCCCCCAAACUAUCCCCACCGAAGCGCUGCGCUGUAUCAUGUACCGCGGUUGGGGCGUAGAUAGAAACGAAGUUUGGCUAGGCUUCGGUGUAUCCAUUGGUUGGUCGAUUUUCUUCCUGCUCUUCGCCACUAUCGCGUCCAAAGCCCGAAAGUGA